UUCUGCGCCCGCCCUUCCCCACGCGAACUACCGCACCCCCGGCGCCGGUUGCUUCUGCGCGUCCCCCUCGCGGCCAGCUUUAAGCUAAUAAAGCCCGUACCUUUACCUCCUCAAGCGCCCCCCGAGAAGAACCGAUGAUGGAAGGAUCGUAUCGACCGUUGGAUCGCGUUCCUGCUACCUGGCAAAGCACUCUUCCAUGGUCAAACAUCUCGAUGCACUCUUCUGGUUGGAAUAGGACUCCUACUCCAACUGGGAAAAUUCUAUAGCAUAUAGGUAUAUAUAUAAAGACCAGGACAUGGAUUCACCAUAUUUCAUCUUUGGAGGCCGACAACUGGGAGAGAGCGAAAAUUUCAGCAUCUACGUGAUGUCAGAAACUGCUGCACGUCUUCCUUGGCUAGAAGAUUUUGUGAAGACAAAAUUCCACAAUCCUUGUCCAAAACAUGGGGAUUCUAAAUCCUAUUUGUGCGGCUAUUACUGUACAAAUUGCAGGGACAAGCCGUUCUGUUUUCAAUGUCAUAGAGAAGGUACCGAACAUAAGAAUCACCUAGUUCUCCAAGUAAGGAGGGCAUCAGAGCAUUCUGCAAUCGAAGUGGAUGACAUAAAUAAAUUUUUAGAUACAUCAGGUAUUCAAGAGUAUAGUAUAAAUAACAAAAAAAUUUUUUAUCUGUAUAGCCGGCAAAUCAAGAAGCAUGCUGGUUUGAGCCUAGAGAGGUGUUGUAAAACAUGUAAUUGGAAGUUGAAAACUGAAGAUCUCUUUUGCUCAAUAGAGUGUAAGCUUUUCGCAAAACGAGAAGAAGAGAUGGAUGGAACCCAAUGUGCUCGUGCCAGUAUGACCGCACCGGAAGAGAUGGAAUUGCCCAAGUCAGAUGAGCCACAUAAUCAAGAAAGAAGUGAGAGUGAUUUAGCUUUGGAGGGAGAGACUUCCAAUAAAAAACAACGAUCAAAGAGUAGGAAAGGAGUACCUCAUCGAUCACCAUUUUUUUAAAUAUAUAUAGAUUUAUCAAAUAUUUUUAUGCACCCUAUUAGUGUACAGUGAGCUUAAGAACAUGAUUUACUUACUUACAUAGUAUUUUUAUGGUUUGACUUUGUUAUUGAACAAUUAUAAGAUUUUUCCAUAUUGCAACUCUUGAAUGAGUGGUUGUAAUUUUCUAGACAUACUUUGUAAUGAAUAUGCAUAAAGAGGUAAGGCUUGCUCCAUUCUUUCUUAUAAUUUGCCAUCAAUAUAGAAUAAUUAUGCA